UUUGUAUUUUCAGGCGGGAGAAGAAAUGAUGGGUUAAAAGCAGCAGAUAUUGUUCCCGUGUUACGGGAAAGGAUCGCCUACCUCUCAGGUGGUCGUGAUAAAAGAGGUGGACCAAUUAUGACGUUUCCUAAUCACACUCAUCCUGAACGUUUGAAAUACGAGGAUUUACGUAGAUUAAUGACCUACUUAGCAAGCGUUCCCAGUGAUGAAGUACGAGACAGAGGAUUUACUAUUAUAUUAGAUAUGAGAGGCUCAACUUGGCAAAUAGUCAAACCCAUCUUAAAGGCUUUACAGGAAUGUUUCCCUGGUAACAUCAACAUAGCCUACAUCAUAAAACCUGAAAAAUUCUGGGAAAAACAAAGAACCAGUUUAGGAAGUGCUAAAUAUAAUUUUGAGACGAGUAUGAUAUCAGUAGAUAGUUUAAAUAAAGCUGUAGAACCCAGUCACCUGACACGAGAGUUUGACGGAACUCUGGAAUAUGAUCAUGAACAGUGGAUACAACUAAGAUUGAUGUUAGAAGAUUUUAUAUGGCAGGCUCUAGAUCUAUUGGAUAAACUUGACGAACUAGGGGAGAUUCUCACCAACCCUGAAUUACCGGAUGAUUUAAACGGUGCCCAACUUGUCCUGGAAGAGCAUAAUAGAUUGAAAAAACGUGUCACGAUGGCACCCGUCGAGACACUCGGUGGAGAGGGUCAGCAUAUCUUGAUGCGUAUCACAGGAGAAGACAAUGGUCAAGGAGGACAGCGUUACACUAUUUCUGGAAACGCUGAUUUUCAAUCGGCAGUCCCUCAGAUCUCUCAGCUCCUAGAAAAUUUGCAUUCCACGAAACAACACCUGAAUCAGUUGUGGACUGUCAAGAAGAUGAGAUUAGAACAAUGUCUUCAACUCCGAAUAUUUGAACAAGAUGUAGAAAAGAUGUUUGAAUGGAUAAUGCAUAAUCGCGAUCUGUUCUUGGUGAAUUAUACUGAAAUAGGAACAUCACAUCAGUUUGCUGUGGAGCUGGAUACAGAACACAGUCAGUUCGCCACCAGUGCUGUUAAUGUGUAUGUAAACAUCACGAGAAUAUUAGGCAUGGCUCAAAGACUGUGUGACUCUGGGCAUUACGCCUCUAAUACUAUCAGGAUGCAGGCCAGUAAACUGGAACGAGAAUGGAAGAGCCUGGCUGCCGCGCUGGAUGACAGGAGCACCGUACUUAAAAUGUCCGUUAUGUUUCACAAGAAAGCUGAACAGUAUUUAGCCCAGUUUUUGAUGUGGCAGAAUAUGUGUGAGAAUAUAAAAAUACCUUCUUUAAUUGAAGAGCUGGAAGAGGCUUUACAACAACAUCAAAACCUUAUAGAAACCAUUAGUCAGGCUUACGCAGAGGUAUGCAGUGAUGGCAAGGCGUUACUAGAUACACUACAGACCCCUGUGAGUUGUGGAUCUAGUAAUUCACUGACGGCGAAAGCUGAUUAUUCUGAAGCAGCCGGACAUGUUUUAGACGUUGUUCAUGAGGUUUUGGCUCAUCAGAGACAUCUAGAACAAGUGUGGCAUGCCAAGAAAGUGAAAUUACAUCAGAGAUUGGGAUUGCGUCUGUUUCAACAAGAUGUCAAACAGGUAAUCGACUGGUUAGAUAACCAUGGUGAUGUAUUUCUGCGUAAAAACACCUCGAUUGGUAAAACAUUACAACGUGCCAAAGCUCUACAGAAAAGUCAUGAACAUUUUGAAUCUGUUGCCAGGAACACUAUAACGAACGCUGAAAAAUUACUGGCAGCAGCAGAUGAACUAGCUCAGACUGGAGAAUGUGAUCCUAAAGAAAUAUACGGAGAAGCCCAUGAACUUGAAGAACGAAUGCAUAAUUUUCUGACUCAGUUGGAACGUAGAAGAGCUAUUAUUGAUAUGACUGUAGCAUUUUAUACUCAUGUACAUGAGCUAACCUCCUGGUUAGAAGAGCUACAACAAGAAUUACAGAGUUCGGAAAUAGCUGAUAGUGUGGAGGGAGCAGAACAACUCCUAGCUCAGUUUAACCAACAAAGGGAGACAACUAUUGAAGCAGCAAUGCACACAGUUGGUGAAGGCGAGACUUUAUUACAGCAACUUGGGGCUAUCAAUGCUGAACAGGAUAAAGGAAAUUCAAAUCAGGACUACACACAUAUAGAAGGUGUAUUAAAUCAACUCAAUGAAAGUAGAAAUCAACUGGAAGAUCUGUGGGCAGCCAGAAAAAUGAAACUGGAUCUCUGUCUUCAGCUCAGAGUUUUUGAAAGAGAUGCUCUUGAGGUUUCGUCACAACUAGAAUUAUGGUCGGAAGAGCUUCAACAUCAAGAACUGGUGACAGAUGGUUCAAAGGCCGAGCAACUUCUUCAGAUGCAUAAUGAGAGCGUAUUACACAUGCAGAACUGUACUUACGAGGUUAUACAACGAGGUCAAGAACUCUGUCAGUUAUUUGAGAGUUCUGGUGUUCAGUUGAUGUUAGACUCCCAGUACGAUGCCAGUUCCAGGAUCCAGAUAUUACUCGAGUACCUCCAGGAACGAGAAGUGGAUCUAGAGACGUUCUCAGAACAGAAGAGACUCCGACUAGAGCAGUGUGUACAAUUGAGAAACUUCGAGAUUGAAGCCAGACAGGUAAUAUGUUGGGUCAGAAAUGGAGAAUCCAUGUUAACAGCCAGUUUUAUCUGUCCUAACACACUCAUAGAAGCUGAAACUCUGAAAAAAGAACAUGAACAUUUCAUGAUUGCCAUAGAGAAAACUCAUAUUAGUGUAGUACAGGUGACUCAGAAAGCUGAAGCGAUGAUACAAGGUCAGCAUUAUAACUCAGACCUAGUUCGUGCCAUCGCAGAGAAUGUGACGUUAGCUUGGCAACAGUUGAUGUAUCAUGCAGAAGAAAGACACAAACUGGUCAUGGCUUCUAUGAACUGGUACAAAACAGCAGAACAGGUAUGGUCAGUGCUAGAAUCAUUAGAUAGAGAUUAUAAACGAGAUGAAGAUUGGUGUAACUCAGAUAAAACUAAUACUACAGAUAAAUCAUCAUUCUUAAUACAACUAAUUAAUAAACAUAACGAACAGAAGGAGGCUUUUCUUAAGGCCUGUACCCUAGCCAGAAGAACAGCUGAAACAUUUUUAAAAUAUGUCAAUCGUAAUCUCCAUUUCCUGGGCAUGCAGAUGAAAUUUAGAAGUCCUGAGGGUCAUGUCAAGGCAACCCUGGAUCAGCUGUUACACCAAGAAAAUAUUGUUAUUGAAUGUUGGACGAUGAAAAAACGUAAACUUGAUCAAUGUCACCAAUUUUUAUUAUUUGAACAAAGUGCUAAACAGGCUCUAGAAUGGAUCCAUGAUCAUGGAGAGGCAUACCUGGAAUCUCACACUGCAGUUGGUAGCAGUCCACAAGAAACAGAAUCACUGUUGAAAGAACAUUAUGAUUUUAGAAAUAGAGCCAAGGAAACCAAAGAAAAUGUGAAAUUAUUGCUUCAACUUGCCGAUGGUUUUGUUGCUAAGGGUAACAUCCACGCUAAGAAUAUCAUGUCAUGGUGUGCCGCUGUUGACAAACGCCAUAAAGAUUUCCUGUCUAGAAUGGAGAAAUAUCGAACCAUGUUAGAAACUAAACUCGGUGUUCAGAAGAAAGAGAGAAGAUCUGAUUCUUCUAUAGAAGAAAAACUACAACAUCGACCUAAAGAAUUAACAGAGGAAAAGCGUAAAUCAGCCAGACGCCGAGAGUUUAUAAUGGCUGAACUAUUACAGACUGAAAGAACCUAUGUUAAAGAUGUUGAAACUUGUUUAAAGUGCUAUUUAAAUGAAAUGUGUGAUACCAGUAACAAUGUACCACCUGGUAUUAAGGGCAAACAGAAAGUUAUUUUCGGUAACAUGGAAGAAAUUUAUCAUUUCCACAACAAAGUAUUUUUAAAAGAAUUAGAGAAAUAUGAAACAAUACCAGAAGAUGUUGGCCAUUGUUUUGUUACCUGGGCCGAGAAGUUCUCUAUUUAUGUAACUUAUUGUAAAAACAAACCAGAAUCAAACUCACUACUUGUCGAAUCAGCUGGCAAUUUCUUCGAGGAAAUGCAAGCUAAACACAAAUUGAACGACCCCCUAGCAUCGUUUCUGAUUAAACCAGUUCAACGUAUCACCAAAUAUCAACUCUUAUUAAAAGAUUUAUUGACAUGUUGUGAGGCUCAUACUGGAGAAAUUAAGGAUGGUCUGGAAGUGAUGUUAAAUGUGCCAAAGAAAGCGAACGACGCCAUGCAUCUAAGUAUGUUGGUAGGAAUGGAGGACCAUAUAGAAGCUCUAGGAGAAGUCAUCCUUCAAGAUAAUUUUACAGUCUGGGAUCCAAAACAACUGAUCAAGAAGGGACGAGAUCGUCAUAUCUUCCUGUUUGACGUCUGUCUGGUGUUUGGCAAGGAAGUCAAGGACAGUACUGGAAAAUCAAAAUAUGUUUUUAAAUUUAAAUUAAUGAUAUCAGAAAUCAAUGUAACAGAACAUAUAGAAGGUGAUGAGACGAAGUUUGCUCUGUGGACUGGUCGUGCUCCGAUAUCUGAUUAUAGAAUUAUACUCAAGGCGUCAUCAUUAGAAACGAAACAACAAUGGGUGAAGAAGAUGAGAGAAUUAAUACAAGAGAGAAUGAUGUACAUGCAUGAAGCUUUGAAAAACAAACAAACAACCAUGUUUAAACCACCACCUAAAAUGUUCAACCCAAGUCGUGUUAGCAGGGAUGAUGUUGAUGGUUUGUCCCCUGAUAGCGGACAAGAGGAAAGGGUACUAUUUUCCUACAAGAUGUCACGUCUUUUGAGGUGCGUACCUCACACACCUGGAGGAAGUGAUGUAACAAGUGUGCUGGAAGAUUUUGCCGCCUGUGCCAACUCGGAACUGACUGUUCACAAAGGUCAACCAGUAGAAGUGAUUGAUCCAACUCCAGGUCAGCUAGACUGGUGUCUGGUCCGAACCAUAGAACAAGAUGGAUGUGAAUCACACCAAGGCUUGGUUCCCAUCGCUAUACUCAAACCUAUACCAAUACUUAAAGGUCCUGGUUGUCGUACCAGCAUGGAUCUGGAUGGUGAUUUUAAGCCCAUUUUCUCGCUGUUGAUUGGAUGUUCAGAGUCGUCACAUAGGUUCUUCAUUCAUAUGACGUCGCUAUCUUAUCAAUGGAUGACGAAGUUUGCAAAAUGGCUGACUAAUCCAGUACGUAAACUGAGUCACGGUAAAAUAGAGAAACAAUCACCAACGUAUCUGGAACCAACAAAACUCACCAAGAAAACCAUCAUUAACCCUCUAUCAGCCUCUCAAAAAUAUAGUCUAGAGACUGUUAACCAGCCUUCGGAAGAAAAGGACCAGUCCGAAGGAUCUCAGAAUGCCGAUCAGAUGGCUAAUCAAGUUGCCAUGGUUUCACCGAAAGGGUCGUUACAGGUGACCAACGAGGAGCCAGAACCAGCACAGGAUAUCGAGAUUCCGCCUCCCAUGGAAAUACAAGAUCAUUCCUUCAAACCAAAUCAGGAUAACUCACAAGAUGAGGUCACCUCGUUAAAGACACAAACAGAAGCAGCAAGUUCAUUAGAUCUAGCCACAGAAAUUGAAAAUAUUGUUAAACAUAGAAAGGAACCAGGCAAUGAUUCUGGUGCUAAGUUUGAUCCGAGUCUAGGUCUAGGAGCAUCACUAGUUGAUGAUAAAGAUGAAGAUGAUGAUAAAUCUGAUGGGAAAGAUUCCGAGAAUGAUAAAGCAAAAUACCUCAAAAAACGAGAGUUUGUGAUACAAGAGUUGAUAGAUACAGAGAGAGAUUAUGUAAAAGAUCUGGGUCUAGUCGUUGAGGGUUAUAUGGGGUAUAUGAAAGAAAAUGGAAUGCCAGAUGAUAUGGAAGGGAAAGAUAAAAUAGUAUUUGGUAAUAUUCAUCAGAUAUAUGACUGGCAUAAAGAAACAUUUCAAGCUGAAAUAGAGAAAUGUGACGAGGAACCAGAAAGACUUGGCCUAUUAUUUGUUAGAUAUGAGAGAAGGCUGUAUAUGUAUGUAAAAUAUUGUGAGAAUAAACCGAAGUCUGAGUUUUUAGUUGCUGAAUAUUUAGAUACAUAUUUUGAAGAUAUUCGACAAAAAAUGGGUCAUCGUUUAACACUACCUGAUCUUCUGAUUAAACCUGUACAAAGGAUCAUGAAAUAUCAACUAUUGUUAAAGGAUAUAAGUAAAUAUACAGAGCGAGCAGGAUUAGAUGUCACAGAUUUAAAGAAAGCUCAACGUGUAAUGAGAGUGGUACCUAAAGCUGCAAAUGAUAUGAUGCAAGUCGGAAGGUUACAAGGCUUUGAUGGUAAAAUUACUGCUCAAGGGAAAUUACUCCUACAAGACACAUUACUAGUGGCGGAAGUCUCUCCAUCUGGCCAACAGAAAUUUAAAGAACGACGGGUGUUUUUAUUCGAACAAAUCAUUAUCUUCAGCGAAAUGACAGAGAAACGAAAAGGAGAUUUUUCCAACGCCAAUUAUGUGUUCAAAAAUAGUGUCAAGGUCAAUAAGAUGGCAAUGUCUAAUACUGUAGAAAACGACCCCACCAAAUUUAUGUUAAUAGAUAGAACGCCAGGGUCAGAUUUAAAAUUGAUAAUUCAAGCCCCAUCAGCUGAUAAUAAAGAUACGUGGGUGAAAGAAAUUAGAAGUAUUUUAGAUAUGCAAGGCGACUUUCUUAGAGCCUUGCAAUCACCAAUAGCCUAUCAAAAAGAACUGACCAAAGAACUGUAA